AUGGCGCAAGCAACCCAGUCAAUAAAGUGUGUGGUGACAGGGGAUGGUGCCGUGGGAAAGACUUGUUUGCUCAUAUCAUACACCACCAAUGCAUUUCCUGGAGAAUACAUUCCGACUGUGUUUGACAACUACUCUGCUAGCGUCAUGGUAGAUGGCAAACCCGUCUCUCUGGGACUGUGGGACACUGCUGGUCAGGAAGACUACGAUAGAUUACGCCCCCUGUCGUACCCGCAGACGGACGUCUUUCUGAUAUGCUUUUCUAUUGUCUCUCCUCCCAGUUUCGACAAUGUCAAGGCUAAGUGGUACCCCGAAAUCGAGCAUCACGCCCCUGGAGUGCCCAUCAUCCUAGUCGGAACCAAAUUGGACUUGAGAGAGGACAAAGCAACGGCCGACAGUCUCAGAGCGAAAAAGAUGGAGCCGGUCUCGUACGAACAGGCUCUUGCCGUGGCCAAAGAAAUCAAAGCGGUCAAAUAUCUCGAAUGCUCCGCAUUGACGCAACGAAAUCUCAAAAGUGUUUUCGACGAAGCAAUCAGGUAA